AUUGAAAACAGACCCUCAUACUUUGUGUUUAAGUGUAUGCGUGAGCUCUCAGCACCCUGCGCCGCUAUUAUUGACACACCUUCUCUUCACCCCAGACCGCACUUUAUUCCAUUGCAUUUUCCAUUUUUCCCCCGUUUGGCAGCGAACGCCGUCUGCACAGAGAGCUCGUUUAGCGCUGAAAAGAAUUUUCUCUCCUCGUUUUUGUUUCUUCUUCUUCUUUUCUCCUCUUCAGCUGCAUGGGCACUUUCAUUGUGAGGGCUGCCAAAAUCCAUCUCAUUUCCCUGCGGCUUGUGUUUUCAGCGAAUACAGAAACAGGCGACUGUUGCUGAGGAGUUCUGGCCGGGAUUUCGUGUUGUUUUGUGUUUCUUCAGGUCCACCAAAAAACGUCUGGACGACAGAUCUGCACACGGCAGAGAUGUGGGGUUUACUAGCGAGUGAGUGAACCCUGCUGUGGUCAUUUGACUAAAUAAACAGAUCUGCUGGCCAGCCUCCUCUCCGUCUGGGACCCCGGAGACUGCAGCUUUAGCUCCAUCCCUCCCUCUCGCAGCUGUACGAGAGACCACUACUAAACGCCAGAGAGUUGGACACUGUUGCUCACACGUACAGAGACGCAGACGAGGAGAGAAGUUAACAAGAAGAGGCUUUUCCUAGACAUGCUUUAGAUCCAAACGUCAAGAAUUGAAUGUGUCCUGGUCCGGAAGAAAGCAUGAAGAGUUUGACUAUCAGCCACGUAGACUUCACUGCCAUCACAACAGGUCUGGUUCUGCUCUGUCUGGGCGCUUCAGGUCUGGAGCUCAGUCCCAGCGCUCCACAGAUCAUCCUGUCCAUCAACUCAUCCUCCAUCAUCACCUGCUCCGGCUGGAGUAAUGUCACCUGGCGCUUCAGGCGGGAUGAGAACGUCCCAGAUUUCCGCACCCAGGACCUCAGCGCCACCUCCAGCGUCCUGCAUCUGGAGCAGGUGACCUGGAGACACACCGGGGUUUAUGUGUGCACCGAGAAGAAGACCAAUGAAUCCAGAGAGGUGGCCGUCUUUGUGCCUGACCCUGACGUGUGGUUCUUGGAGAAUGAGCACGUGAUGGUGACUAAGACACGAGAGGAAGGCACGAUCCCGUGUCUGGUGACGAACCCCUCGAUAAACGUCACACUGUACGAGCGGGACACCGAAAUGGCAGUGGAGGGCUCUUAUAACCCCAGCGUGGGCUACAGCGCCGCCCUAGAUGACAGAACCUACAUAUGCAAAGGAGAGCUGAAUGGAGAGGAGAGAGAGUCCAUCCUCUUCUACGUCUUCAGUAUACUGGCUCCCGAGGCUUUGGAUCCCUACAUCAACGCCUCCAAAACGGUCCUAAAGCAGGGCGAGACGCUCAACGUCAACUGCACCGUUCACGGCGUGGAGCUCGUCUACUUCUCCUGGGAUUUUCCCAACAAAGACGUGGGAGGCAUCGAGCCCCUGACGGACGUCCUGUCCUCCAUGAGCAUGAGGUCGUGUCUGAACAUCACAGACGUCUCUCUGGACAGAUCUGGACAGUAUGUUUGUCAUGUUCAUGAGGGGGUGCAGGACCAGAGAGCUUCAGCCAGCAUCAACAUCACUGUACUGGAGAAGGGUUUUGUGUCUCUGACUCCUCCUCUGGACAGAAACAUCUCUGCGCAACUCGGAGAAAAUGUGGAGCUGAAGGUGGAGAUCGAGGCAUAUCCCAAACCCACAGUCCAGUGGAGAAAAGACGGCGCUGUUAUCAGAGGACACAGCAUGAGGGAGGAGCACGAGACGCGGUUUGUCAGCACAUUGACCCUGGUCAGGACUCGACUGCAGCAGAUGGGUCUCUACAAAGUCACCGUCCGCAAUGAAGAUUCCCUCAAAGAGAUGACCUUUGACCUGGAGGUGAAAGUUCCUCCACAGAUAACGGAGUUGUCAGAUCAUCACCUGCCGGAGAAGAAGCAUGCAGUGACCUGUGUGGCAGAAGGAGUGCCUAAACCCAGCAUUCAGUGGUUCAGCUGCGACAGCAUGACCAGGUGCAGUAAUAGAAGUGCGGUAUGGAGCCCUCUAGUGGAGGAUCCAGAGAGCGUCACCAUCCAGACUAAUGUCACCUACAACAACACUCGCAAGAUCCACCAGGUGCUCAGUCAGGUGACGCUGGUCCGACCGCAGCUGCUCACCAUCCGCUGUGAGGCCAGCAAUGAGAGAGGAGCCCGAGCCCGGGACAUCAGACUGGUCAACAGCACGCUGUUCUCUCAGGUAGCUGUUCUGGCCGCUGUCCUAGCGCUGGUGGUCAUCGUCAUCAUCUCCAUCAUCAUCCUCAUCGCUGUGUGGAGGAAGAAGCCACGGUAUGAAAUCAGGUGGAAGGUGAUUGAAUCGGUCAGUUUGGAUGGACACGAGUACAUCUACGUUGACCCCAUUCAUCUGCCCUAUGACCUGGCCUGGGAGAUGCCACGCGACAGUCUGGUGCUGGGUCGUACAUUGGGUUCUGGAGCAUUCGGUCGUGUUGUCGAGGCAACAGCGUAUGGUCUUGGCAUUUCCCAGUCAGCCACUAAAGUGGCAGUGAAAAUGCUCAAAUCAACGGCCCGCAGAAGCGAGACACAAGCGCUGAUGUCUGAACUCAAGAUCAUGAGUCAUCUGGGUCCUCACAUCAACAUCGUCAACCUGCUGGGCGCCUGCACAAAACAAGGUCCAUUAUAUUUGGUGACAGAAUACUGCCGAUAUGGAGAUCUGGUGGACUACUUGCACAGAAACAAACACAGCUUCCUCCAGAACUUCGCCGAUAAAAACCACAUCGCCAACGGCACUCAGAUCUGCAACGACAGUGACAGUGGGAAAGAGUAUGUGUCGUUCGGCAGUGAGUGUGAUGGAGGUUAUAUGGACAUGACCAAAGACGAGCAGACUGAAUACGUCCCGAUGCAGGAGCUCACGGACACUAUCAAGUACGCAGACAUCCAGCCUUCCCCCUACGAGUCUCCAUACCAGCAGGACAUCUACCAGGAGCAAGGUCACAGAGUGGAUCAUUCUCUGGUCAUCAGUGAUUCUCCGGUUCUCAGCUACACUGAUCUGGUUGGUUUUAGUUACCAGGUGGCCAAAGGCAUGGAGUUCCUUGCCUCAAAGAACUGUGUCCAUCGAGAUCUGGCCGCAAGAAACGUCUUGAUCUGUGAAGGCAAACUGGCCAAGAUCUGUGACUUUGGCCUUGCCAGAGACAUCAUGCAUGACAACAACUACAUCUCCAAAGGCAGUACGUUUCUUCCGCUGAAGUGGAUGGCGCCCGAGAGCAUUUUUCAUAACCUGUACACGACUCUGAGUGACGUCUGGUCUUACGGCAUCUUACUGUGGGAGAUCUUCACCCUUGGAGGGACCCCGUAUCCAGACCUGCCAAUGAAUGAGUUGUUUUACAGCGCCCUGAAGAGAGGAUACCGCAUGGCCAAACCCUCCUAUGCCUCUGAGGAAAUAUAUGAGGUCAUGAGGAAAUGUUGGGAUGAGAAGUACGAGAAGCGGCCUGAGUUCUCCUUUUUGGUGCACACCAUGGGGAACAUGCUCUCAGACGCAUAUAAAAAGAAAUACUCUCAGGUGAACGACAGUUUUUUAAAGAGCGAUCACCCAGCGGUGGCUCGCAUGAAGCCGAGGGUCCCGACUCCAUUCCCUGGAGCCUUUUCUCCUCAAUCUCCAACACCAGAGCUGACCCCGCGCCCACAGAUCGACGGAGAUGCAGAGGCUCCACACAACGAGUACAUCAUCCCCAUCCCUGAUCCCAAACCAGAGGAAGAAGCCCAGGACGAGCCGACGGCCACAGAAAUCCCCUCGAGCUCCUUCAGCUCUGACGAGGAGACAGUGUCUAUGGAGGCCCCGAGCACUGAACCCGAGCGCGAGGAGCUGCUGACCGAACAUUCUGGAAGUCCAGAAGUGGAGGAGAGCUUCCUGUGACACAUAUUCCUCUUCCUGUUAUCAUGACGUAACAUCCUUAAUGUAUAUUUGAGCAGGUUUCUUCAACAACUGUUGAUAAAUGCAGCGAGGGAAAUUAGUAUUGAACACGUCACCAUUUUUCUCAGGAAACAUAUUUCUAGGUGCUGUUGAUUUGAAAUUUUCACCAGAUGUUGAUAACAACCAAAGAAAUCCAUAUAUGCAAGGGAAACAAAAUUAAUUAGUUUACAAAUGAAGUUAUGUGUAAUAAAAUGAAAUUAUGCAGGGAAAAAGUAUUGAACACAUGAAGAAAGGGAGGUGUAGAAAUGCAGUGAAAGCCCAGACAGCAGCUGAAAUCUCUCAACAGUUCUUCAGUAA